UAGGCGUUAGUACGUUUAGAGAGAAAAGGACCAAGACGUGCUGCGCCGGCAACGGCGAGUAAGGAGUUUUUUUUUUAUUUUAAAAGUGUGUACGACAAAAUGUCAGUAAGGAUGAUCAACAUUUGCCUGACAUCUGCGAUUAUCGGCCUCCUAGUGGCACAGACACAGGCCGUGUCAGAGAGACUAGAGUUGGCACCAGCCGGAGGAAGAUCCGAGCCCCAGGUUGCUACGCUCUGCGAAGCCAGUGAAACGUAUCUUGCACAGCAUAUGGGCGAACAAGGACGAUGGGUAUCGUCAACGGACACGAAAAGCUGCAUGACAGACAAACUGGAGAUUCUCGAGUACUGCAAGAAGGCUUAUCCGAAGAGGGAUAUUACGAAUAUCGUUGAGUCGUCCCACUAUGUACGAGUUGGCGGUUGGUGCAAACCUGGACGAACUAAAUGUAAACUGUCUCGAUGGGUCAAGCCGUACAGAUGCCUGGAGGGGCCUUUCCAGAGUGACGCUCUUCUUGUACCAGAAGGAUGUCUCUUUGAUCACUUGCAUAAUCACACUAAAUGCUGGGAAUCUCAUAGGUGGAACUCCACGGCAGCAGACACAUGUCGCGAGAGAAACAUGAAUUUACGGAGUUUUGCGAUGCUAUUGCCUUGCGGAAUAUCUCUCUUCUCUGGCGUCGAGUUUGUUUGCUGUCCCAAGCAUCUGAAAGACAAUGUAAAGCCAAAAAAACCAAUCGACUUGCCGAUUGUCAAAGGUACCGAAGAUGAUUUAGAUGAAGAUGAGGAUGAUUUAGACGAUGAUGACGACAUUGACAGCGAUGGAGAUAGCGACAGUGAGCCUGACAACGAUGAUGAUGACUCGGAUGGUGAUCUCGAGGAUGUGCUGAGUGAUCAGGCGUAUGAAGAUGAAAGCGACGAGGCAUAUCUAGAUGAUUAUGACACGACUACUGCGAACAUUAAACCCUCAACCACAGUAUCAACAACAGAGAAAAGUAAACAAGAACCUACGGCUAUGCCAGUACCUGUUAGCUCAAGUUCUCAAUCACCAUCACAGCCCCAGGGUACGCCCGAUCCAUAUUUAACUCAUUUCGAUCCACGCUCUGAGCAUCAAAGUUACAAGCAAGCGCAAAUGCGCCUCGAAGAGGUACACAAGGAAAAGGUUACCAAGGUGAUGAAGGACUGGAGUGAUCUUGAGGAAAGAUAUCAAGAUAUACGUGCACGUGAUCCAGUAGCUGCUGAUGCAUUUAAACGAUGGAUGACUGCUAGAUUCCAAGAGACUGUUGCGGCUUUGGAGGCGAGCGGUGCUGCUGAGAAACAUCAAUUGAGUGCAAUGCAUCAGCAACGAGUUCAAGAGGCUGUUAAACAGAGAAAUGAAGAAGCUAUGUCAUGUUAUACCGCUGCUUUGAACGAAACACCACCAAAUAUGCACCGAAUUCAAAAAUGUCUGCAAAAAUUACUGAGAGCUCUACACAAAGAUCGACACCACACAAUCGCCCACUACAAACAUUUAUUGGACAGCAGUUUGGAGCAAGCACAGCGUGAGAAACCAGCGACACUUGAGCAUUUAGCUGAAAUUGACAGGAUUACAAAUCAAAGUCUCUUGAUGUUAGAACGGUAUCCAGAAUUGAGUGCUAAAAUUGGACGGCUGAUGGAUGAUUAUGUAUUGGCCCUCAGGAGCAAAGAUGAGACGCCGGGACUUCUCCUUGCAAUGACACGGGAAGCUGAGGCUGCUAUUCUGGAUAAAUAUCAGGCCGAUGUAGCGAGCAAACAACAAGAAAAAGAGCAUCAAAAGCAACUGGACCGUGAACGUAAAGAGCAGCGAAAGGUAGAAAGGGGUGAAUUGCGUACGGAGCAAGAACAACAUGAAGACGGUGAUCCUGUUAUUGAGAAGAAAGAUAUAGUGCAACCUCCACUUGAGCCACAACAGCAACAGCAACAGCAACCGCAACAACAACAACAACAACAACAACAGCAGCAGCAGCAACAGUUACAACAGUCAGCAGCUGCCGCAAUGCACAACGAGGGUAUUAUCAGAGCUGCACACAGUAUGACUCACGAUGUUUCGCACUCGGAACCUGGGUACUCCAUAAGGCGAGAAAUUUAUCACAGAGAGAGCCGCUCAGUCUAUUUCACUCUAGCGUUUGCUGGUAUUGCACUCAUGGCUGCGGCAAUUGUUGGUAUUGCAGUAUUCAAAAGACGCAGUGCCAGGAGCCCACACAGUCAAGGAUUCAUAGAAGUUGAUCAAGCGGCAACUCCUGAAGAGCGACAUGUUGCCAAUAUGCAAAUAAACGGAUAUGAAAAUCCGACAUACAAAUACUUUGAAGUAAAGGAAUAA